CCUCUCAUUCCGCAGUCUCAUUACGAUUACUCCAGCUUUGCUCCUCUCUACAGACAUCAAAUCCAGAGUCCAACAUUUGAGAUCUUCACCCUACCCUUCAUAUCGGAACAAUGGCUCCCAGACAGCGCGUCGUCUCUGCUCAUCAGGAGAAGAGCUUUUUCAGCGCCGCAUACGAUGAAGUCACUCACCCCGAGAACGCCACCAUUGUGAGAAGCGUUCUCGUUUUCGGUGCCGGUGUCGCUUUCCUUUACAGCUCCCUAAGCGAACUUCUCCUCCCUCCGUAAGUCGACACAUAUCCUUUAUACUCUCGCAGUAUCCUUGACCCUUGCUCGCAUAAUAAAGACUAAUGAGAAAACUUAGUAUGUAAACAAAAU